AGGGGGCUGUGAGGACGUGUUCGGAGGAAGCCGGAGCCGGACCCGGCGGGGCCGGCGACAUGGAGCCCCUGUACCAACAAACGCACAAGCAGGUCCACGAGAUCCAGUCUCACAUGGGACGCCUGGAGACAGCAGACAAGCAGUCUCUGCACUUAGAAAAUGAAAUCCAAGCAAGCAUAGACCAGAUAUUCAGCCAUCUGGAACGUCUGGAGAUUCUGUCCAGCAAGGAGCCUCCUAACAAAAGACAGAAUGCCAAACUUCGUGUUGACCAGUUAAAAUAUGAUGUCCAGCACCUGCAGACUGCUCUCAGAAACUUCCAGCAUCGGCGAUUCACAAGGGAGCAGCAGGAGAAACAGCGAGAGGAGCUUCUGUCUCGCACCUUCACCACCAACGAUUCUGACACCACCAUACCAAUGGAUGAAUCGCUGCAGUUUAACUCCUCCCUCCAGAAAAUUCACCACGGCAUGGAUGACCUCAUUGGAGGCGGGCACAGUAUUUUGGAGGGACUGAGGUCCCAGAGACUGACCUUGAAGGGGACUCAGAAGAAGAUCCUUGACAUCGCCAACAUGCUGGGCUUGUCCAACACGGUGAUGCGGCUCAUCGAGAAGCGGGCUUUCCAGGACAAGUACUUUAUGAUCGGCGGGAUGCUGCUCACCUGCGUGGUCAUGUUCCUCGUGGUGCAGUACCUGACAUGAAGCGGCCGGGCCCAGCGGCUGAAUGUGCCCACUGCGUGUGAGUGUGUAUGAGUGUGUGUGGGAGAGCGAGGGAGCCCAGGGGCUGCCUUUUGAAAUGUACGCCUGCCCUAACUGUGAAGACCACUCAGAAGCAAUUGUGAUCUCUAACCUAUGGGAGUUUCAAACUCUGUUUUCUGGGACAUCUUGGAGGGAAGCUAGUGCCGCCAAGAUGCAUGGUGCUUAGGAAGUGAACAAAGUACCUGGCCUCUCAUGCUCACUCUCCCUGAGGGAGGAAGAAAUGUAAGGGGAGACAGAGGGUGGGGGAGGGGAAGAACAGCACAUAGCUGGUGCGUCCUGGGGAGCCUUGCAGACGGCUGCCACACUUUGUAGCCACCGGCCUUUCUGGCUCCUAAUGGAGAGCGGAGCAGAAUCAGAGAUGGGGGCGGGGGGAGGUCUUCUUUUCCUGCAUCCUCAUGACAGGCUUAGUCCAUGCGCUUGCUGCUAGCUGCUUCCCCUCCCCACUCCCAAAACGAUGUGCAGAUGACUGACAGCUAACAGUUCCUCGGAAGCAGCUACCCGGAAGGAAGCAGAGGCAUUGGUACCAUUGCGACACCAAGUGAGAUUUACCGUUUGACAGUGUCGGGUGUUUCUCCUCUCCUCAGAGAGACCAGUGUUACUCCCUGGGAGUCAUCAGCCUGGAGACCCCAGUCAUUGAUUUGCCCCCCGGUAGUUAGUAGAAUGGCUGCUGUGUAACAUUCCAAGACUGAAGAGUGGCCCCUACGCCCAGGCUUCAGCCAGCCUCUGCCCCUUCCAAAGUAGCUGUGAGCUGAGGUCAGUGGGUUGUCUGUUACGGCCUCACCUCCAGUUUCAGCAUCUCUGGUUUUUUGGAUUUUUCCCUUCCUUGAAGUAUGUCAGCAACUGCCAGCAAGUCCCGAUCUUGCUGAGGCAGGGUAGCAGUGCCACCCAGCCACCCCGGUGUGGCCGUCUUGAGACUCUCUCAGGGCCAGGACCUUCCCCUCUCUGACCAGCUCCGAAGCCCUGGUGUGUUACGGGGUUUGUGUGAAGCCUGCCUGUUGAACGUGAUGGCUUAAUCACCCACUGGCCCAGAAAGACCUGGUCAGCAUAUGGGUUUACCUGCGACAGGUCCUGUUGGCUCUAGGCUCAGUAAUCUCAGAGUGAAACAAAAUAGUACUCAGAAUUCCCCAAAAGAACUGAAACCUGAUCAGUAUUCACCCCACCUCUGUUGUCGCAUCCCACCUACUUCCUGUUUCUUGUCACUUGAACUCUCCUUUCACAUCCCACCUCCCACCUGUUUCUGCAGCAAUAUUGGUCAUUGAGCACAUGUGUGCCAUAGCUCCCAGUUUGCCGAGUGUUUUCUUAAUUGUCAGAUUUUUACUUGAGUUUUCUGAGUACUGAUCCAUGUGGGGUCCCCAUUGCUUACUCCCGUGGCCCCCUCACCUCCACUCUAUGAUCCCUUCAUAAAGGGGUGAGAGAAAGGCAGGUGGGCAGGAAGGUUGAGACAGCGUCAGACCUAAAGCAGUCUGACUUUCCAUCACACCCAGUACCCCUGCCAUCCCACGGACCCAGCCUCAGGCACUUAGUCAUCCAUAAGAUGGACGCGCAAACUCGGAACUGGCUGCCCCAUCCGCUGGCACCUGAGGGUCCUCUAGACGGCGCCGCCUGCAGGGAGCAGCUAAGCCAUUGGGGCUGGACUCCAGGAGGCAGAACUCCCCGGCCGGCCGAGGCAGCAUCGCGCUCUAGAAUACACCAGUGUGUUUUCACACCUGCCUUCAUAGUGAUUAUCGACCUGGGUGAGGCCUUCUGAGAUGCUGCGGUUCCAGAGAAGAUUCUCCCUGUGCGUAAUAAAAAUUAUGGAGGCAAUUUGUGAGUCUUCGCCGCCUGGGCAAGGGAGCUAUAGCCACGGUGUGUCUGGAGAUGAAGAGGCACGGGGGUUGCUGUGUCCUUAUCCAGUGCCUUCUCCACCUCCCAGAGAAGCAGCCUUGGCCUUACUGGGUGUCUCAGCCCCUGGAGUGUGGGGGAGGGUCCGAGCCGGGAGAGGAGUGCCCUCUAGUGGAUCUGAGGUGAAUGCUGGGGGUGAGCUGGUGCAGGCUCCUCAGUGAAGGCAGCUUCUGUGACUGCACAAGACUUUGGUAUGCAGCUUGUGCCCCUGGCUUAAGACAGGUGCUUUGUCAAGGAGCUCGGGAAUCUCUUCUUUCCUUGGGCCUUUACUCCAGCAGUGACCGCUUUUAGGAAAGUGGGGUUCAGGCUAAGUAAGCAGGAAAGUCUUGAUUUUAUAUCUGAAUUCUCUGCUAGGUAUUUUCUCAAGUCUGCUGCCCUAAUGAAUUUAAGUGAAUGAUUUGUAAAUUUGAAUCUCCACCCAUUGUUUUUGAAGCACAUCAGUUGAAUAAAGUUGACAUUUAUUUUAUUUAGAAAAUUAUAUUUUGCAAAGGAAUGUGACAUUGUUACAACUAAUGACCCUGUUUUUUAAAGGUUUGUAGGCCAGAGAUUCUCAAACUUUUGCUCUGUGACCAGAGGCUGGGCUGGCUGCCUCAGAAGCCACUGGCAAGCUUUUAUACAUUCACAUUGCUGAUGCCUCUCCCAACUCUGAAUAAGAAUAGUUUUGUAAGUCUCUAAAGUAAUUCUCAUGUGUGUAUUUUAGAACCACUGACCCUUAGGUAAUCAAAGGUAUUGUUUUUGAAAAUAUUUCCUACACUAGUUCAGCAUGUAAUUGUGAAGAGCAAAACU